AUGAACGCUUCCGAUCCAGUCGAUGUCGCCGAAAUCGCAAAGUCAAGGGCUCUUGCCCAUGAUGCGACUGUGAACGAGAAAGCUACAUACAGCAAGGAGGCCACGGUCGAUGAGAUAAAUAUUGAGCCUGCAGCACCUGUGUACGUAGCUGGAGAUCAUGAUGACGCGGAAAAAAAGGUCUAUCCUAACGAGGAAGAUCUGCGCACUCUUCGACGUGUUGCUGGAGCAUUGCCAUGGACUACAUAUACAGUGGCAUUUGUGGAACUCUGCGAGCGAUUUUCCUACUAUGGCACCACUGCAGUUUUUGUGAAUUUCAUCCAGCGGCCUCUUCCUCCCAACUCCACGACCGGCGCACUCGCAGCCGGGGCUAACUUUAGUAACGAUGUACCUGGUGCUUUGGGUAUGGGACAGCGUGCCUCAACCGGAUUGACAUUAUUCAAUUCGUUCUGGAGCUACAUCACACCCAUGCUUGGUGCAUUCCUUGCGGAUCAAUACUGGGGUCGACUUCGAACAAUUUUCACAGCUAUCGGGGUGGCCUUGGUAGGCCAUGUAAUUCUUAUCAUCUCCGCUGUCCCAAAAGUCAUGGCAACCCCCGGGGGCUCUAUCGCGUGCUUCUCUAUCGGCCUAGUGAUCAUGGGUAUUGGAACUGGUGGAUUCAAGUCCAACAUCUCCCCUCUUAUCGCAGAACAAUAUCGCGAGGAAAAGCCUAUCAUCAAAGUUCUUCCCAGUGGAGAACGUGUUAUUGUGGAUCCAGCUGCCACAGUCGCUCGCAUCUACCUCUACUUUUAUCUUAUGGUUAACCUCGGUUCGCUCAUUGGUCAAAUCAGCAUGGUCUAUGCAGAGCGCUAUGUGGGCUUCUGGCUGUCCUUUUUGCUCCCGACAAUCAUGUAUUGCAUCUGCCCAGCAGUACUUUUCAUUUGCCGGAAGCGUUACUUUUUGGUUCCUCCUACGGGCUCAGUCUAUUCUCAGGCAUUCCGUCUAUGGCGCCUAGCCAUGAAGGGCCGAUGGUCUCUCAACCCAGUGAACCUCUUCAAACGGACCACAAAUUCAGCAGACUUCUGGGACCAUGUCAAGCCAAGCCAGCUUGGCUCUGAAAAGCCUCAAUGGAUGACAUUCGAUGAUGAAUGGGUAGAUGAGGUCAGACGCGGACUUAAAGCAUGCAAGGUGUUCCUCUGGCUGCCAUUGUUUUGGCUGGCAUAUAAUCAAAUGCUCAACAAUCUCACCUCCCAAGCGGCCACGAUGCAUCUUGGUGGCGUACCAAACGAUGUUAUCAACAAUCUCAACCCCUUUGCACUUAUCAUCUUUAUCCCAAUCAUGGACCGGAUUGUUUAUCCAGGUCUCCGUCGCAUGGGAUUUAACUUCACCCCAGUCAAACGAAUCACUGCAGGUUUCUUCGUGGCUGGCCUCUCUAUGAUAGUCGCAACAGUGACCCAAUAUUACAUUUACAAGAAAGGACCUUGUGGUAAAGACGCCAACUUUUGUUUGGAAGUAAAGGGAGAACACACCAAUAUUUCAGUCUGGAUACAAACUUUGACUUACGUUCUGGGUGGCAUUUCCGAGAUUUUUGCGUCCAUCACCUCCCUUGAGUACGCAUUUACCAAGGCCCCGCGUAACAUGAGGUCCCUUGUCCAAGCUAUAGCAUUGUUCAUGAACGCCUUCUCUUCGGCUUUGGGCCAAGCCCUUGUUGGACUAUCUGAUGAUCCCUUGUUGGUGUGGAACUACGGGGUCACGGCAAUUUUGGCCUUCGUCGGCUGUGCAGGCUUCUGGCUUUCUAGUUAUAAACUAGACCGCGAAGAAGAUGAACUCAAUAUGCUACCGCAGAGCCAUUUUGAAGGUAAGGAGGAGGAGCGAGGAGUAUAA